GUGUUUUCUAUGAAGGUGCUAAGAAACAAGGAAAGAUGUCCUAUGAAGAUACCAUGUCAAUAUGUUUAGAACACCCAACUGAAGAAAAUGAAGUACACAAACUUGACCCCCAAAUAAAAACAUUAAGAGAAAUGGUUCAAAAAUCAAGAGAAAAAACCAAGAUCUUACCAUCAAGAACAGAUAUCCAAGAUGCAGAAGGGCAAAAUAAACUCAAUGUUACAGGCUUUGAGAAGCCUGCUAUCGAAAAAGGUAGUAAUGGAACAGGCUUUUGGAAAAUGGGAAAACAGACACAGGUUCAUGGAUAUUGCACUACUAGAGUCAAUAGCAGUUUUGUUGGGUUUCAAGACCUUUACUUCGAUCAUAACACACCAUUGGGUGGCUAUUUUUAUAGACAAUUGGAUUGCCUAGAAAACUGGGCUCUUUACAAUAGAUUGUAUGGCAAGUAUCCAUAUAAGAAAAGUAUCUUGAUUCAACAGCUGCUUUUACUGUCUAGAAGUAGAGCAUGGGGUAGAGUAUCAGGCACAGAUGACCCUAAUAAUCUCAGUAUGGACUUCUGCAUCCUGGUGGCCAGUUCUACUUCAACAAAAUGCAGAAUUUAUGAAUCUACCCUGGGCUACUAUAAUCUUCAGACCAAGCCCAAGGUCAAAUAUGAUUUCAGAGCCAUGAAAAAACCCACAUUGGACAUUUUAAGCAGUGAGAAUCUAUUUUUGAAUAUGCUAUUAGCAAAAGCACAGAAACAUCUACUACUAAGCUCAGCCUAUGAAAGGUGUCUUAGAGUUCUGUAG